UUUUAGAUGAUCAUGUACCCUAAACUCUUGUCUGCUGUCACGUGUGCAUGAUCAAAGGAACUGGGUUCGGCCUUGCUGGACAGAAUGGGCAGGAGAUGACCAACGGAGACACUCCAACAAUUGGCUACCGAGGGGUUGGAUACAACCCAAAUUUUGCCCAUGCCGACGAAUACCCUCCUAGUCAAGAGCAUGUUCAAAUCCAAAAAGAACCUAUCGAUUUGAAUGUUAUGUCGAACAAGGAGACAAGAACGCACUACCGUACAGAUGAUAAGCGACACAUAUAUUCUGAGAUCCUUGCCCGUAAUGGUGGGGGUAAUAGGUUGAAGCAUGGAGUUUCUAAAGCUGUUGCACUAGCUUGUGAAUGUCCAAGGAGAAUAGUGCAAAGGGUAUGGCAGCAGGCUAAAAAUGGUGGAGGCAUUACAGGGGUAAAAAACAAUCGGAAGCUCAAAUCAGGAAGGAAAAAGAUAAAUUUAAACAUAGAUGCAUUGGAGGCCAUCCCACCUGGAGAGAGAACAACAUUAGAACAAGUUGCUGGACAUCUAAACUUGUCAACUACCACUGUUUGGAGGAGGUGAGAGUUCUACUACUGAAUUGUUGUCAAAUUUCUACAUGUCAACAUUCCUUUAUUUUAUGGAUUUCUGAAUGAUAGGUUGAAGAUGAAGGAAAUUCGACGAAUAACAAGUGAAUUGAAGCCCGCCUUGACUGAUGCAAACCAAAGGGCUCGUCUGGAGUAUGCUCUUAUGCAUCUUGAACCAUGUAGCAUAACAUCCCUAGGUGGUAUUAAUCCCACAUUUAGGGCUGAUAUGGAUGUGGUUCAUAUAGAUGAGAAAUGGUUUUAUCGCA